GAUCAACAGCUCCACAGGCAAAGCUACAGGAGAGCAGUGACCCAACGAAACCAACAACGUCAACAUGACCACCAGCGGCAUGAACAUGGGCGGCAGGAUUGUCUUCUACGAGGACAGGAACUUCAUGGGCCGGUCCUGGGAGUGCAGUGGGGACUUUGCUGACAUGUCCUCCUACCUGAGCAGGUGUCACUCCUGCAGAGUGGAGAGGGGCUGCUUCAUGGUCUAUGACCGCACCAACUUCAUGGGAAACCAGUACUUCAUGAGGAGGGGCGAGUACGCCGACUACAUGAGCAUGAUGGGCAUGAACGACUGCAUCCGCUCCUGCCGCAUGAUCCCCAUGCACCGUGGCUCUUACCGCAUGCGUAUCUAUGAGCGUGAGAACUUCGGUGGGCAGAUGUACGAGCUGAUGGAUGACUGUGACAACAUCAUGGACCGUUACCGCAUGAACAGCUGCAUGUCCUGCAACGUGAUGGAUGGCCACUGGCUCAUGUAUGAGCACCCGCACUACAGAGGCCGUAUGAUGUACAUGAGGCCCGGAGAGUACCGCAACUUCAUGAACAUGGGCUUCAGCGGAGGCAUGAGGUUCAUGAGCAUGAGGCGCAUCAUGGACUCCUACUACUAGACACACUCAUAAUAAUAAAGGCAGUUUAAUCUGAGUAUAAA